AUGAAGAAAUUAUUCAAGUUCCCGAGAUGGAAGUCAUCAGUUGAUGCAUGUGAUUGCACUUCCGUAACCACAAAUGCCAGUGAUAUAAGAGAAAAUGAGAUGGGCAAGUUUCACAAGGCAGCCUGGCAGGGUGAUAUGGCCAAACUGGAGCAGCUUGUCAAAAAUGUUGAUAUCAAUCAGCUUGACAAAGACAACAGAACAGCACUUCACCUUGCUUGCACCCGUGGAAAUGUCGAGGUGGUGAAAUUCCUGAUCAAGAAAAAUGCCCAGGUCAAUUUGUCUGACAAACAAAAUAAAACUCCUUUAAUUAAGGCAGUGCAGGAACAACAUGAUCUGUGCGCCAACGUUCUCCUUGAAAACAAAGCCGACCCCAACCUGGUGGAUUCUGAUGGAAACACAGCUUUACAUCUGGCCUCCGGCAUCCCGUCACUCUCUGUCAUCACCUUGCUCGUGAAGCACGGCGGUGACAUCAACGUCAAAAAUCGGGAGGGCAUUUCACCCCUGACUGUGGCAGUCCAAGAGGACCACAAAGAAGUGGCAGAGUUUCUGCUGAAGAAAGGUGCCAAUGUUAAUAUUGUGGACAGACAUCGGAGGUCGCCGUUAAUGUUGGCCGCGGCUAACGGACACUUCGACAUGGUGCGACUGCUCCUAAAAUAUAAAGCCAACAUUGAACUAAAAGAUAGCCGAGGACAGUCAGCUGAGAACUACGGCGAGUUGGAAUAUCAUGACACCUGUAGCGUCCUCAUUACUGAGCACAGGAGGAGACCGCCCACCUCCCUCCUGGUCUCGCCAAGCCCAAGUAAAAGGAGGUCCAAAUCCCUGGAACGUAUCUCGAUUAAAGAUGUUGGAAGCGUUGAACGACGAAGUUCUACAGGUGGACACAAAGGGGAACUGAAACGGAAAAAUAGUGAAAUGAGGCACUUGGUGAAGUUUUCGACCCUAUUGGAUAAAGGAAAAACUGAAAAGUUUGACAACGAAGAAACGGGUUCAGAAUGGGGUAAAGCCAGCAACGCCAGUAAAAGGGCUGUGCCCGAAGGACCGGUGGCUUCGCAGAACUCUGAAGAAUUCGCGGAGUAUCCUAGUUCCUCUAUGGAAGCCAAGAGGUUUGAGGUGUUUCCAAAGGCAGCCGGAAGGAAUCUCUCGGACAGGGUAAACUUGAGUUUGGACGUCACGAAUUGGCUUUUUCAGGGUGCCAAAGAGCCUUCUCAGAGUCUUCCAGUGAAAAAUCCAAAUACUGCUUUUGACCUUGUCGCCAGAAGAUUAGAAGGACAUGCAAGUGAGAAAGCUGAGAGUUCAGUGAGCUGCAAAGGCAGUUUAUUGAGGAACAAGGAAAUGUCAGGUCCACCUGACGCCUCUUCAAAUUCAAAGAAGCCAACAGUAAGCAGACCACGGACCACAUCACUGCUGCAGCGGUUCUCCUUAACAAGGAAACCGGACAAGCAAGCCGCAAAGAAGAUUUCGCAAGUGGAAUUAGUUAGCGAGGCUCACUCCAGCAGAGCCGUUACCCUCAACCGAGAUCUUCCUGUAAACGACGACACUUUGAGUGAUUGCUCGGAGGAUGAAGGAAGGUCGCAAUCCAAACAAAAGAUGAAGAAACAGCGCAUUGAUGAAAUGGAGAUCUCCGAAGAACUUGAUGAGAUCACGUCCUCAUCGGAUGGGACUCUGGAGGAAGUGGAUAACCAAUUUAGGGUGAAGCUGGAAGACUUCGUGAGUCAACCGAUCAAGCACCCCAUUCUCAAAUCCACAGACCAUCACGGCUCCUCUGUCAAGGUGACCAAACUAAAAGAGGAGACGGCCCAGUUGAAGAGCAGAAUGGAGGAGGCCAAAGACGACCAUUGUGUCAUGGAGCAAAAACGCAUGCAGAUGGAAGCCGAACUCGCCAACCUCAGGUCGUCGUCAAAGCAACAGGAAGAAGACAGCCUCAAUACCAUCAGGAUGGCCAAACUCAACAAAAUCAAGCUCGAAGAAGACCUCCGACAGGCCCAUGUGCAGUUGUCUCAGGAACGCUGCACAAAUGCACAACUGCAGCAAAAACUAAAGAGUCAGGACUGCAAGCAACAGACCAUUGAAGAGGACUACAAAAGAACCAAACAUAAUGUGGAGCAUCUAAGAACCGAGCUUGCGCACAGCAGCACCAAACAAAAGGACCUUUUUGAGGAGAACGAAGCCCUCAAGGAGCAGCUGGAAAAUCUUCGCCAAGAUCUCCGACUCACCAGCGACAACCACGCCCAAAGCGUCUUGGAGUCGAACAACCUGAUUACGGGGUUGAAGUGCGAAGUGACCCUCGCCAACGCCCGACUGGAAGCUCAGUGUAAGGCUUAUAGCCUAUUGGAAGCCAAGACUCUGCUCCAGGAGGAGGAACAGCAGCGACUGAAAGACAAACUUGCAAGUGAGAUGGCCAUUCAACGAGAAGCCUUCAACAAACUGUCCCAGAAGCUGUCCAAGGCCAAGGCGCGCCAGGAGGCCACGCAGGAGCUGCUGAGCAAAUCUCAAAGCGAAGGUGCCAUGCUACAGCAAAAGUUGGACGAGACCCAAAAAUUGUGUGUCGCAAAGGACAUCGCCAUGUCGGACGCCCAAAAGUGUUCCAGUGAAAUUUUGGCCAAGCUGCGCUCAGACUGCGAAGACAGAGUCCAACUGGUGCAGGACAGGAAUCAGGAUCUCACCGCCGAACUUCGAGAAUAUAUCCACCAAUUACAGGAGGAGAAAAAAGAUAAAGAGGCGAGUCUGAAGCAGUUGCAGGCCGAGUUUGCCGACUUACUGGUGAAAGUGUCAAAGUGUGAAACUUCUCGAGAGCACCACGAGCGAUAUCACGUCGAAGCGGAGGAAGACAAAGCGCGACUGCACAAAGAGGUGGACAAGCUUCAACGAAAGUUGGAGGAACGAGAAUGCCAUUGGAAAAUGUCCGUCAAACAGCUGGAAGAAGUCGUGCACCGGCAACGAGCUCUACUUAAAGGCGCUAAGAGGAAAUUGGGAGAUCACAAAGCAAGUGAAAUCAUGAGGGAUAAGGUGAACGAGCUGCAAGCCGAGCUGAGGAGGCAAAUGUCCUUCCGCGGCCUCCUGGAGAAAAAUAAGAGCCAGUUGGAGGACGAGGUGCAGAGCCUGCGACGCCAAGUGGAGAUGAACACGGUGGAGCACAGGAAUGCGGAACAGUACCAGCAGGAAAUCGAGGAGAGGGCCCGACAGGAAAUACAGAAAAAAAUCUACGAAGUCAACCUCUUCUUACAGUUGCAGGCAGCGACGCAGGAGGCGCAGGACCAGAUUAAAGCCGUCACCGAAGUCAGCCUGCGCUCCAAGAUCCAAGAACUGGAAGAAGAACUGAAACAAUCUCACAGCAUCCAGCACGACACCAACGCCCAGAGAGACGCCUUGCACAAAGAGCUGAAGCGCUACCGGCAGAUGCACAGAGAAGAGCGUUGGCUGCGCAAGUCCCUCAGCAACGACCUCAGAAGGUAA